AUGUCAGAUGGUAAGAGGAAUUAGACUAUUUCUUUAACUGAAUGGAAGAAGAAUUAGCAGCUUUCUUAGAUGUGGAAUAAAUUAUAGAUCAAUAGUAGAAAAUGUACCUGGGAAUCGAUUAUUGAUUAUACGGAAUUAAGAGACAAUGGCUCCGGUUCCCUUGAAAACGGAUUUGCAUCUCACUGAUGAAGAUUCGGGAGACGAUGAUGAUGAGAAAACGCUUUUGAAUGAAACCACUUACGGAAGAAUUGGGAAGUACGACAAUAGUUCGCAAAAUCAUCGAAAAGGUCAAAAAUCAACUCGAAAAUUGGCGCAUAAUUUAUGCCGGCGAAGUGGGCAGGAGGAGAAAGGUUGGGAUGUGUUUGUGGUGACGCCUCCAGAGGAAGAAGACGAAACGGUCAUCUCCAAAGCAGUUGACAUCACACUGAAGGCUUUCAAAUUGUUCAUCUAUCUCCUCACGUUUUGUGUUGUCCUCGGUUCGGCAGUCAUCUCCAAAGGCACUUUUCUUUUCAUGACCUCCCACGUCAAAAGGAACAAGACUCUUCCAGUGUGCCAAAAAGGCCUUGGUUUGGAUCGUGAUAAAGAUUAUGAAGUGUUUCUCACGGAAUUUGAAAGUGUACCAUGGAUAUGGAGUCUGUUCCUUGUACUAGCGGUACCCGAGCUAUUUGCCCUUUUCAGGAGUUCCAGAAUAUGUGUAUUUAAGUCUUACAAAAAACCCAAAUUAACGACAUUCAUUGCUGUAUUCAUUGGAGAAACGAUAUAUGCUAUAGGCCUAUCUCUUUUGGUGUUUGUCGUUUUGCCCGACCUUGACGUUAUCAAAGCUGCCAUGUUGACAAAUUGUGUUUGCUUCGUUCCUGCAGUGCUGGGACUUCUAUCUAGACACUCCGGCGAAUCUAAAAGACCACUGAAAGUGAUAUUUGACAUUCUAGCUAUACUAAUUCAAGGGACUGGCUUUGUGUUGUGGCCAAUGACUGAAGCUAGUUCGAAUGCUUGGCUGAUACCAAUUUGCGUAACAUUGGUUUCAGUUCGUUGGUGGGAAAACUUCAUAGACGCGAAAUCCCCAGUACCAUUCAUUCGUAAAUUAAGCUCUGUAAAGGAAGAUUUGAGGAAAAGUCGAUAUUUUGCCUACAUAUUUUUAUCAAUAUGGAAGAUAAUUAUUAUAUUCUGUGCUAUGUUUGGAUUCUUGCAUUUAACAAUGAAUGAUGCCACAGUAAUAUUUAGGGGAUUCGCAUCUGGAUUCCGAAGCCAUGCAGUUAUCGUUCAGCAAAUAAGGAAAUUCCUUCCCCUUGAAAUUAUGCCAGACAUUCCAACUGCCAGUCCAAUUGAUGAACAAGUGUCUAUCAUGUCUUCCGCCAUGGCUCCUAUCUACAUAGCUCUCAUUCAAAUUACGACUUCUCUACUAUGUUAUGUGUUUGGAAAAUUUGCUUGCAAGAUCUGUAUUCAAGGAUUUAGUUUUGCUUUCCCAAUAAAUUUAACGAUACCAGUUUGCAUAUCUAUGCUAAUUGCAGCUUGUGGUGUACGAACUGAAGAUGUAUGUUUUUUCGAAGAUAUUAUUCCGAAAUAUUUAUUCUGGACUUGCCCUCAGGGUAACUUCUUCCAAGAUUUUAUAUCUAGUCAGUACGCUUGGGUUUGGUUGUUGUGGUUGCUUUCACAGACAUGGAUAACUGUACAUAUAUGGACACCAAAAUGUGAGCGACUUGCCAGUACUGAAAAACUGUUCGUCAAUCCAAUGUAUUGCGGUGUCUUGAUUGAUCAGUCUGUUUCUCUUAAUCGGAGACGAGACGAUGAAGGCGAAAUUAAAAGUGAAGAUCUGGAUCUCGAAGGGAACGAUGAGAACGAUAUAUCUCAGUACUACGAAACGAUAUCCAUUCAAACCGACACUUCAAGUGGCCACACUGGGAAAAAUGUCACUGUUCGAAGUUCAGAUCAUAUCACUCGAAUUUAUGCCUGUGCAACCAUGUGGCACGAGACAACCGAAGAAAUGCUUCAAAUGCUUAAAUCCGUUAUAAGGAUGGAUGAAGAUCAAUGCGCUCGCAGAAAUGCACAGAAGUAUUUAAGAAUUGUGGAUCCAGACUAUUAUGAAUUCGAAGUCCACAUAUUUUUUGAUGACGCUUAUGAAUUGUGCGAUGAUGACGACGAGGAAAUGGUUGUAAAUCGAUUCGUGAAGCAGUUGGUCCAGGUAAUGGAUCUUGCCGCAAGUAAUGUCCAUCAAUGCGAUAUUCGAUUGAAGCCACCGAAAAAAAUCCCAACGCCUUAUGGAGGCCGUUUAGUUUGGAUUAUGCCUGGUAAAAAUAAGCUGAUUGCUCAUCUAAAGGAUAAAGCAAAAAUCCGACACAGAAAGAGAUGGAGUCAGGUCAUGUACAUGUACUACUUACUUGGCCAUCGUCUCAUCGAAUUGCCAAUCGACGUCAACAGAAAAGCUACUAUGGCUGAAAAUACUUUUAUUCUGGCUUUGGACGGGGAUAUUAACUUCAGACCGCAUGCAGUUCAACUUUUGGUCGAUCUCAUGAAAAAGAAUAGAAAUCUAGGUGCUGCCUGCGGUCGAAUACACCCAGUUGGUUCAGGUCCAAUGGUAUGGUAUCAAAAAUUCGAGUACGCUAUUGGUCAUUGGCUUCAAAAAGCGACCGAGCACAUGAUUGGUUGUGUACUCUGCAGUCCUGGAUGCUUUUCUUUGUUCCGUGCAAAGGCUUUGAUGGAUGAUAAUGUCAUGAGAAAAUAUACCACACGAUCUGAUGAAGCUCGACAUUAUGUACAAUACGAUCAAGGUGAAGAUCGUUGGCUUUGCACCUUACUUCUUCAGCGUGGUUAUCGAGUCGAGUAUAGUGCUGCCUCUGAUGCAUACACUCAUUGCCCGGAAGGUUUCGGCGAAUUCUACACUCAGAGAAGACGAUGGGCUCCAUCCACAAUGGCCAACAUUAUGGACCUGUUAUCGGAUUACAAGGCAACCGUUGCUAUCAAUGACAAUAUUUCUGUGCCUUACAUUAUUUACCAAGGAAUGCUUAUGACAGGCACAGUGCUGGGUCCAGGGACAAUCUUCCUUAUGUUAGUGGGAGCCAUGGUCGCCGCUUUCAAAAUAUCCAACUGGAAUUCCUUUACAUAUAACAUCAUUCCAAUUCUUCUGUUUAUGCUGGUAUGCUUCAUCUUUAAAAAUGAUAUACAGAUAAUGGUUGCCCAAGUGAUGAGUGCUGCUUACGCUUUAUUAAUGAUGGCUGUCCUUGUGGGUACUUCGAUACAGCUGACAGAAGAUGGUAUUGGUUCUCCUUCUUCUAUAUUUUUGAUAGCGCUGUCGGGGAGUUUCUUCAUAGCGGCGUUACUUCAUCCUCAAGAAUUCUGGUGCAUUAUCCCUGGACUGCUUUAUUUUCUGAGUAUUCCAUCCAUGUAUCUCCUCCUUAUUAUCUAUUCACUGGUAAAUCUUAACGUUGUAACAUGGGGAACGAGGGAAGUCCAGACUAAGAAAACCAGGAAAGAAAUCGAAGAAGAGAGGAAGGAACAGGAAGAACUUCUAAAGAAGAAACGGAAUCCUGAUCUUCUCUCAUUCCUUGGAUUAGGAAAUAAAGACAAUGAAGAAGGAAGUAUCACAUUUAGUUUGGCUAACUUAUUCACUUGCAUGCUAUGUACCUAUCCUAAGUCAAAUGACGACAAGAUUCAUUUGAUGCAAAUUGGAGAUCAGUUGGAACAAAUGAAUAAAAAAUUUGCUUCACUAGAGAGACAACUGGAAUUAUCCCAUGCAAUUCCUUUCCGAAGUCGAAAGACAUCAGUUGGUGGAAGAGGUUCCAUGAGAGGUGUUGGAUCAGAAGCUGGGCUCUCGGUGGUGAAUGAGAAUGAAGACGAAGAAGCUGAAUUCGAUUCUGGAUCUGAGGCUCCCUCAAGUGAAGGAUUAGAACCCAAACAAGAGCGAGACGACUUAAUAAACCCUUACUGGAUCGAAGAUAAAGAAUUAAAAAGAGGAGAAGUUGAAUAUUUACCAGCAGCUGAAAUUCAGUUUUGGAGAGAUCUCAUUGACAAGUACCUCUAUCCUAUUGAGCAGAAUAAAGAACAUCAGGCCAGAGUCGCUUCAGAAUUGAAAGAACUGAGGAACAAAGUCGUAUUCGCCUUUUUCAUGUUUAAUGCUUUAUUUAUUCUAAUAGUAUUUUUGCUGCAACUAAACAAAGAUCAGUUACAUUUGGACUGGCCUUUGGGUGUAAGAACUAACAUAACAUUUAAUCCAGAAACCAGCGAACUUCGCAUUGAUAAAGAAUAUUUGGAGCUGGAACCUAUUGGUCUCGUUUUCGCUGUCUUCUUCGCUUUGAUUCUCGUCAUCCAGUUUGUAGCCAUGUUGUUUCAUCGAUUUGGUACUUUAUCCCACAUUAUGGCUUCCAUUGAACUCUCUUGCUUCAAUCAAAAAGUUGAUGACAUCAGCGAUGAUGCCUUCAUCGACAAGAAUGCAGUUCAAAUUGCUCGUCAACUCCAAAGACUUCGAGGUAUAGAUGACGACGAGAAGAGUGAAGAAUCGCUGUACGGGGAUAGAUUAGCCAGACGAAAAACGAUCCAAAACCUUGAAAAACGAAAGAAUCAAAGAAAUAGAAUCGGAACUCUGGACGUUGCAUUCAGGAAGCGUUUCAUGAAUAUCAAUUUGCAAGACGCUGAACAUGGAAAUAUCGCUACCCCUGUACUGAACGGUCUGAACCGUAUUGGACGAAGCCGCGAAACUAUCAGAGCCUUGGAGCUUCGUCGCAAUACUGUUCUGGGCAAUAGCAGUCGAAUGGAAACACUUGGUGCCAAAAAUGACUUCAACGCCAAGAAUCGUAGUGGUCUUCCCAAGAAUGGCAAUGCAAGGCGCAUCGAUAAGUUAUUUACCAAGCAAAAUGGAGGUGUGAAUCCUGGUUUCGGGAACAAAGCGUUUGAUGGCAGUUCAGACGAGGAAACAGGAGGACGGAACGUAAGAAUGCAAAUUUAUGGAUCCAAGAAUAGCUUGGCAAGUUACAGGGAAGAAUCCGAAAUCGCUAGACGAAGGCAGAGCCAUUUGUGAACAAUCCAAACUGUGUUCAAAUACGUAAAGUUUGCAACUUUUAAUUCACUUAUUUGCAACGAAUCAUACAAAAAACGAUCUAGUGUGAUUGUCUCCAAAAUCUACAUGCUUCAUUAAAGCGACUCUAGCAUGUAUGUUAAAUGAGUUCUGAUACAAUGACUCAUUUCGGGUGACUCAUUUCUGAUACAAUGACUCAUUAGGUACAAAGUGUUUAAUUUGAAAAUCUUUGAAGAUUUUGCACCGUCGCAAGCUUUAACCACUUGUGCAAUAAUAAUUUAAAGCUUGUGCAGCACAAUAGUCACUUGGAUAGUCAUGUAUAAUUUAAAUCGGGUAACUGAAGAGGGUUUUAUUUCUCUCGGAUUUGAAGUGAAAAGAACAAAGAUUUAAUCAAGUUAUUAUUAUGUUGCGCAUUCAUUUAACAAGCCAGUUGAAAAGAACAAUACACUGAACAAAUAUUUACGCUUAAACAUUCCACAAUAUAGAAAGUUAAGUUUUGAGAGAAUAAUUGAAAAUAAUAUAAUAUUGGAAGGUAUAAUCCAAUAAGUAAUAUGUGAAAGUAUGUGUAAUGUAACAUUUAUGGCCAUUUUUUAUGUGUAUUUUUUAAAAAGGUGUUUCGUUUAAUUGUUUGAAAAAUGUG